CGGCAUUGCUGAAUUAAUCUUAAUAUAAUAUUUACAACAUUUAAGCACCCUAUUUACUACAAUAAAAUUAAUUUCGGCACACGAAUAGUGUUUUUGUUAAAUGAAAUCCUUUACAUACUUCUCCCGCGCUUUAAUUACAGGCGGAAGAUAUUAUUAUUAUUAAUAUUUGAUUUAUUAAUCAGACCGCAGCAGGACCAUAUUUUUCCCACUUUGUGCCAGAACCUGGACCUGUGUUAUACCGUUGUUUUAAAUUAUAUUUCCACUAUCUCAUAAAUGGAUACUCGUCUAAUUCGUCUUUACGGUCGCACUUUCACACGCUACGGAAUUAUUGUUUUAGUGAACGUGAACCUCGUUUCGGAGCAUUACAGUUGUGCAAAUUUGGAAACAUUUAUUUUCUGCCUAAACAACCUUUGCUAGAUUUAUCGUUUACUUGGCUCACGUGCUUACUUGGCUUAUAAGUGAUGCUGUUUAUUUCUGCUGCUUGUAGCGAAUUAAGUAACUGACUGCAUUGACUGACCGUCGCAGUUUUAUGCAGAAUCAUAUGAUAGCGUAGGAGUCGCAUUAAUGUUAAUUUAACCGUUUGAUGGGAUCGAAAACCAUGCAUGGCGUUCUGUGUGAUUAAUCUAUCCGAAAAAGGCCGUAAUACCCUGGGUCACGUUGGAACGGCCUUUUCAGCGAUCCUGGUGGCUUUAGGUUUGGUAAUAAUUGCGAUGGCUCUACACAUUCGUUCCCGCAUUCAAACCAAUCUUCAAUUGCUUGACAAUUACAACGGCUCCAGUUUUAUCUAUUACCUAAUUAUUGUUGGAGUAAUCGUUAUCAUAACCCACGGGGUUGGCCUGAAGAUCUUCGCCGAUCUGGGAUUUUACGAAUCACGUUAUCGAUGGGAGAAUCACACUCGUCUGUACGGUCUUAUAAUACUGGUCGUCAAAAUUAUCGUCUUCGUUACUAUAGUUGUUGUUUUCACUCAUCAGUUCACGAUGAAGAAAUAUUUUAAAAAUGGUCUGAAAUCUGCAAUGGGCCGCUAUUCCAAAAGUCCCGAAAUCAAGCGGGCGAUGGACCAACUCCAGAUACAACUGAAAUGCUGUGGAAGUAAUGAGUCAGCCGACUGGUUCACCAUUGCUUGGAUCGAUAAUGCUUACCUCGAUCUGCAGGCAGCCGAAAUCAAGAAAGACCUAAAAGAUGGCGUGUACAAAGCCGAUAAUGUGCCCUUUAGCUGUUGUAAUACCAAUAUCUCGCGUCCAUGCAUUCACCGCAACGUGAAAACUCCUCGAGUCGACUAUAUAUGGCCGAAGGACAGUACACUAUACAACAUGGGCUGCACACCGGCUUUAGCCGAAGAUUUCGGCAGAACCACCCUGAAUGUCACCGGGUACAUAGUGGUCACUACUUAUCUUUUAAUGUGGGUGAUUCUCGUCAUCUUGAAGCUGCUUUCCACGGGAAUCGCUAAUACGUAUCCGUGGGGUGAUCCCGAGGGAGAUGCCCCAACGUGGCUGCUUGAAAUGUGUCCAAUACAGUGGUGUGACAGUGAAACUCCCAAACCGCCGGACGAUACCAACCAGGGCAUUCCUGGCUUAGCGAUUCCGCAUCGUAGGAAAUCGCAGUAUACGAAUGAAGCAUUUGAAGCCGACGAAGAAGACAGCGAGCAAGAGGUGGUGGCCCAUCAGCCACUAUUACGCGACAUAGCGAACGGUAAACCACCUUCCGAUCCGGUACUCAAGCAUCGGCUGACUAAUACGUUUAUGGACGAUGAGCUGCCGGAUAUCGUGUACUCCAACACUGGUCAGCCACAGCAAAGAUCCUUCAACAUGAUUUCGGACAUUGCUGCGAAAAGAGCCCACCGUACGGCGGCGCCGCAAGACGAGAGAGAUACUGGUUCGGUAACGGACGAUGGCGAGACUUCAAUGGAUACCAACGAUACUUCUCGAGCAAAGCGGAAAAAGAACCGAAAGCAGAAAAAGCCGGCAGAGCAUUCACACAAAAGAAAGACCGGCAAACAUGAUAAAGCUAAGAAGAAGAAAAAGGAAAAACACCACAAUGACAGAAGAACAAGCAAAGAGGAAGACGAUACCGAUUACGAUGCCCAAGAUAAUGACAGCGCCGGGAACGAUGGAGAUGGUGGAGAAGACUCCAAAUCAAAGAAAAAGGACAAAACCCGGAAGAAAGAUGGUGCUCAGCAGAAACAUAAAGGUCGAUCCAAGAAAAACCGCUCCCAACGCAGAAAAAAGCGAUAGGAACGCUCGUGUCAAUCCCGAAUAGCUGGCGGUAGUCCCGCAGACUCCCUCUCAUAUCUGAGUAAUACAAUCAGAUUGAAAGAUUUAAUUCCACAGACUACCCAUUUGCGUGGUAUUCUGAAAACCGAAUUUAAUAAUAUCCGAAAA